UGUUGCACACACUUCUCAAGUAAAGUCUCAAAGCAUCAACCUACAACACACAAAUAUUCAAAUCUCUAAACACUCAGGUCUGGUGAGCAAUUUGCAAUCAGGACUGCAGCAUAAAAAGGGCCUUGAGCCUCUGUUUUGAUUGGUGAACAAUGGAGAACUUAGAACAUAUCAACAACCAGAGAAGGAGAGGGGUAAGAGUGAGAGGAGGAAGAGGACAAGGAAGAGGACAAGGAAGAGGACAAGAAAGAGGACAAGAAAGAGGACAAGAAAGAGGACAAGGAAGAGGACAAGGAAGAGGACAAGGAAAAGGAGGGAGAGGAUGACAAGGAGGAGGAGGAGAAGGAGGAGGAAGAGGAGGACGACAAGAAGAAGGAGGAUGAGGAGGAGGAGGAAGAGGAGAAGAAGGAGGAGGAGGAGAAAGAAGGAGAACAGUGAUCUCUAAUGAGAUUCGGGCCACCAUGGUUGACCAUGUGCUCAACCAUGGUUUGAGCAUGAGGGAGGCUGGCCAGAGGGUCCAACCAAAUCUCAGCCGCUUCACAGUUGCUGCCAUCAUUAGAACCUUUAGAAUGGAGAACAGGACUGAAAGAGAACCACACCGUGGAGGAAGAACAUGCACUUUCACAGCCGAACAGGAGACUGACAUUGUGAAAAUGGUUCGUGAAAACAACACUAUCACACUCCGACAGAUACAAACCAGGAUCCUGGCUGACCAUGCCACAUUCAGAAACAUCCAGACCGUCAGCUUCUCUACACUGGACCGUGUUCUUCGCAGGAAUGCCAUGCGGAUGAAACAAGUGUACAGGGUCCUAUUCGACCGGAACACAGACCACAUCAAGGAGUUACGGCAAGAGUUUGUGCUUCGGAUCCAGGAGCAUGACACAGCUAAUGAGCUAUAUGAAUACAUAUUCAUUGAUGAGGUUGGAUUCAACCUGGUGAAGAGGAGGCACCGGGGCAGAAAUUUCAUUGGCCAGCGCGCCAUUGUUGAGGUCCCCGCUGAGCAUUACAAAAUUCUUGCUAAGAUUUUAGCCCUCCGUCUUCAGGGGGUUCUUCCACAGAUCAUCUCAUCAGAUCAAACUGGCUUCGUGUUGGGGAGGCACUCAUUCCACAACACGAGAAGACUGUUUAACAUACUGAACAUGCCCAGCUCCAGCAUCCCAGAGGUAGUGGUGUCGCUGGAUGCUGAAGAAGCUUUUGAUAGGGUGGAGUGA